AUGGCCAAGAGAUCUUCUGGCAGACCCUGGCUGGCCUGGAAGGAGGAUGAGUCUCACCAAGAGACCACCUCUACCCCAGAGCCCAAAGAAGUGACCGUGGUCUGGCCCCUGGAGAUCAGUGUCUCCUGGUUGCCCAUCUACUCCAAAUUGAAGGGGACGGUGGACUUUGUCUGUUCCUUCCUCAACUGCACAGAGAAGGAGGUUGGCAGGAAAUUGGAGUUUCUACGGAGCAUUGAGAAAUUGUGCCAAGCCGCUAAAAACUUCUGCUUGUCACGAGGCCUGGAUGUGUUCUACCGGACAUACAACGUGGUGGGGAAGAUCAAGGUGCUGCUAGAAGAGGAAAGUGCUGAGAAGCAUCUCCAGUUUGAGCUGUGGCAGAAAGCCAUGUGUGUCAUCACCGAACUGAGCUCCUUUGAGAGAGUGCUGGAGGGCCAGGAGAAACUCCUGCUCGAAAUCUGUCUCACAACCCUCUUGUCCACCCCUCUGAAAGCCAAGAAGUUCUUGCAGGUGGAAUCCACCCUUGACAACUACGUCUUGGUAAGCGCUGAGGGAGCUACAGAAGCCUCCAGGCCCUCUGAGCUCCUCCCUGGCCACCCCAUGCUGAUGUUCUGCACACAACCUUACCACAAUUCUUUGUCUUCUUUGCAGACUCUGGAAACCUUGGAUGUGAUGAUGGAGAAGUUGGUGGGCAUCAUUCCAGUCAAUAGACUCGGUCAGGAGCUGCAGAGCAUCUUCCAGACCCUUCUGGAGCUCAUGAACUCCAACAGAUCAGUUGUGCGCGAGAGGGCCCUGGGCAGGAUCAGGAAGCUCAUUCGCCUGCUGACCAACAAGCCCAAGCUGCAGGUCCAGAACAAAGAGCCAAGGCCCAUGGACAGCCCCACCAGCUUUGAAGAGCUGCGGAUCCCCAUCCUGGGUCAAGUCCUUGGUCACCUCUUCGUUUUCCCACAUUCUGUGGCAACGAAAAAAGUUCUGGCUUCGGAAACCCUUUAUCCUCUCUAUGACCUCCUCAGCAAUCAAGAAAGCAGGUCAACAGCAAGGAAUGAAAUAGAACAGAUCCAGAACGACCUUGAGGACACCUCUACGAUGGAUUGGCUCUCCACCAGAGACAUUAGCAGGAGAUUUGCAGGACACCUGCAUGCUGUGGAGAAGACCGACGUCAUCUGUGUGGCCAUCAAUGCCUUGAAAGAGUCCAGCGUCUUAGACAAAGAGGCAGCGACAAACGUGUUGUACAUGGCCAUGAGUGCCCCCAAGUGUUGGCUGGUGGAUGUGCCCAACAUCGUAAAAUGCAUCCAUGGAAACCUUGAAGGCAUCAAAAUGGAAUCAGCCCGGCAGAGCAUGGUGGACCUUCUGCUCCUCCUGACCAAGAAACACCUUACCGAAGUAGUCUCAGUGCUAAUGAAGAUCGCUCCACCGAGUGACAGUUCUGCAGUGCCCAUGUGGGAGAUGAUGUUCUCCGACCCCCAAAUUAUAGAGAAGGUCUUGAUGGAGGUGUUCAAGUGGCACCAGGCAAAACACGAUAGGAUCCUUUGCAUGCUGCCUGAGGACACCGGCAUCCUUCAGCUGAUGGUCCUGGCCUGCAAGGACUUUAAAACUGAGAACUUUGAGGAACUCUGCAAAUUCUGGAGAUUCCUGAGGCGCCCAAACCCAGCCUUGCACCCACUGGUUCUCCAAGGACUCAUGACGCUCUCUCAGAGAGCUGAGACGGCAAGAAGGAUGAAGAUCCUCCUGCCAGACAUGACUGAGGACCUGCAGGACAGCAACGGAGAUGUCAUUAGGAAGACCCUGGUGACCCUCCAAAACAUGAUGGAUCACCUAAAGAAGAAGGAGACCAGUUCCAUUGCCGUGCAGCUGCUGGAGAAGCUGCUGCCCCUCUUUCAUCACGAGCUCAGCCAGGUGAGAGAACAAGCCGUCAGGCUCUUCACCAAGCAGCUGAAGUGCGUGAUGAGGAAACACAAGAAGAUGAUGAUGGCGAAAGUGCGAACUGCCCUCUUGCCGCUCUUCUCUCACCUAUGCGACCCAACGCCGAGCGUGGCCAAGGCCUCCCAGGAAGGUCUCCUGGCUGCAGCCAAGUUCCUGGGCUGGAAACUGCCUGAAGAGCUCGUCCAGGCAAAGCUGCAAUGGAACACUGCAGAGUGCUUGAUGAAGCAGGACAAGAAGAGGGCUGAGGACUACAUCAACCAGAGCCUGCAGUACCUGGAUGCUCCUCAGGAUGCUGUGCGAGAGGCAGCUGUGAUGUUCCUUGCGGUUGCUGCUCGGCCUUUGAAGGACACCAACCCGGAGAAGAUGGCAGAGAUCUGCAGGGCCCUUCAGCCCCUCAAAACAGACCCCUCAACCUCAGUCUGUAACGUGACAAUUCAGGCCAUGCUCACGCUGGGCCCUCGAAGCAAGGACCGAAGGAAAGAAACCCUUCUACAAAGGAUCUUCCACUGCCGGCGCUGA